CAUGCGUGAUGACCAAAGUGCCGUCUCCAGACUGGCUGAUUGGGCUGGAAGAAAGAGUUGUACAAGCACUUUCUAGAGGUGUCAAGCCAUUGACUGCUGAAUCAGUUCUCAGCAUUCCCAUAUCUGAAUUGAGAUACCUUGCAAAUUUAACGUUAGAUGAAGUCUUAGCGGUUCGCAGGAAAGCUGCAUUGCUUUUACAACGAGUUCCUCCUGCAACUGUGUUGUCAAUCUGGUCAGGUAGUCGUCAAGACUUGAUCGUAGAGCGUCUGACCACUGGAUGUUCAACCAUUGAUGAAGCACUAGGCGGUGGAAUAUUGUCACGAGGAGUGACAGAGAUUGCAGGCGAGAGUGGGGCAGGAAAGACACAAAUAUGUCUGCAACUCUGUUUGACUGUACAGCUUCCAAGGUCUAAUGGAGGAUUGGGAGGAGCUGCUAUGUGCAUUUCGACUGAAGAAGUCUUCCCUCACAAGAGGCUAGACCAGCUGGUGCCUAAAUUCUUUGCUAGACACAGGCAAUUCUUUGACAGGGAAUUAGCUCUGACCAACAAGAUAUUUAUCGAACAUGCAGCUAGUACUGCUGACCUUAAUUCUAUUUUAGACAGGGUGUCAACUCUGCCUCCAGAAAGACAGUUUCGACUUCUCGUGAUUGAUUCUAUAGCUGCAAUAUACAGAUCAGAAUUCUCUCGAGACCAGGGAAUUGCAAAAGCUCGGUCACUGAUACAAAUAGGAGGGAAGUUACACCGACUGAGCCAUCUCCACAACUUGCCCAUAAUUUGUGUCAAUCAGGUUACAUCUGUAAUGGGUGCAACAAAUACAGAAGACAGUUUGGUGCCCUCAUUGGGUUUGGCAUGGUCAAACAUUGUAACAGUAAGGAUAAUGGUAUCGAAAGCCAAUGGCAACCAGGGUAUGGAGUGUGCUGGCAGACGGACGUUGAGAGUUGUGUUUGCACCACACCUGCCACAGAACCGGUGUGAGUUUGUAGUUUGCGAAGACGGCGUUUGUUCACCGGCUAGCUAGCUGAGAACUCAACAGAUAGAAAAACUUAACAGAUAUAAGAGUUAAUUAAUUGUUGCAAGUAAUACUCUCAUGCUGCAACUAUAAUAUAGCGUUCUUGUGUAGAGAAUAUGCAACUAUUUUGGUUAUUCUGAACGACAGUAGCUUGUUGUUUAGAUGUCCUGCUUUAGACUUGUGUAUACCCGGCAUAUAUUUUAGUUACAGUGUAUUGCCAGACUAUUGGGUUGCAUUGCAGAUCUUCUUCUAAGAAUU